AUGGUACAACUUGCUCACAAGGAGCACCCCUUCUCAGCAUUCAAAAACCGUCAAUUUCAUUUUAUUGGAUACAUGGCUGCCCAUGGCGAAGUGUCACCGCUAUACUGUGAUGGGCUAUCUGAGGUCAAAAGGCCUUGGCUUCAAAAACUGAACAUCCUUGGAGUGCUGUGUAUCCCCAACGACGUUGGCGUCAUCCAUGAUUACCCCUUGUUUGCAGAGCUGGUUGGCGACUCUGACUUUUUGGUUAAGACAUCUUUCUGUAGGUCUAAUAUCUUGGUUAAACCAGGCCCCAUGUGGUUCUUAUCCCAGCUAUCUGAAGCGUCCAUCCCUUUCACCCUGGCGCAAUUUCCACAUGGAUUUCCCCCUCCCAUCCUCGAGGACAACACAUUUUCAUACGGGCAGCAACUAUCCGUCAUCACCGAUGAACCAUCCUCGAUGAUUGAGUUGCCGCUCUCCGCUGGCCCCACCGUCACCACACUCACUCGGUAUCCCAGCCCCCGCUUUGUAUCUAACAUCAAAACGACUGCCCCGCAGUUGACGGAGAUGGUCGAUAUGCUUCCUGAUUCUGCUCUUUCUUCCGCACAAGGACUAAAUUUCUCUGGACUCGGCACGACGUGCCCUCAAGAUGAGCAACAACCCUCGAACAUGGCUGCCUUAACUCGAUCUACCUCCCUGACGGACAUCACUCAAGAGAGUGAUAUCCUGUUAAGACCGUGCACAAAGGGUAGGACUGAUUCCAAGGGGCUUGGCUUCAGCUCGUGCACUGUGCCCCUUAUCCAAGUAUGUGCCCUUAACUUCAGAAUGACAUCCGGAGAAAGUCCAAGGAAGUCCGAAGAACUUCCGGACGAGCGCGGGAAAGUUCGGAAGGACUUUCCGGACGAGUGCAAGCAACUUCCGAAUGAGUGCGGGAAAGUUCCGGAGGAACUUCCGGAAAUUACCAUGGGGUUUCAUCCUGAUACGGAGAUGUGUAAUGGCUACUCAGGACUUGUCCUGAGUAGAAGCAAAUAG